UGAGCAGUGUGCGUGGGGAGGCGUCAGUGUGAAAAUGAGCAGCGCGCGAUGUGUGUCGCCUACUCUCGUAUUUUACACUGUGAAGCGCGUGAGUCGAGCACUACACACUGGAUGUACCUGCUAAAGAAACACCUUUCAAGGCGCACAGGGCGGAAAAUGGGACUCCUCAGUUUCCAACUUUUAAUCUAACAGGAGUAUUAUUGCUUGUUGCAGAGUCUGGAUCGUUGACAUGGCAGUAGACGCGGCCUCCAGUUUUACUUUCUGUCGUCCUGCGGUGGAGUACAGGGCACUUCCAGAGGACUUUAAGUACCAGCUGAGUCGUUGUGCAGGUGGAAACCUUACCUGGCAUGAGGGGCACAGCCGCAAAACAGCCGGUGGCGGAACGGUCAAACUACUCCAACAGCCUGGAAGCAAAGAACUGCAGUUACGUUCAGGUGAAUCUUACUCUGUUUACCACACCAGCCCGACCUUGCCGUGUCUCUCCAGGCCAGUGGUUCUGUGGUCUCAGCAGGAUGUAUGCAGAUGGUUGAAGAAGCACUGUCCACACAACUACUUGACCUAUGUUGAAGCUUUCUCCCACCACGCCAUUACAGGUCGUGCUCUCUUGAGAUUGAAUGGAGAGAAGUUAGAGCGGAUGGGUUUGGUGCAGGAGACUCUGAGACAAGAGCUUCUCCAGCAGGUUCUACAGCUACAAGUACAAGAGGAAGGGCGCAACUUACAGCUGCUUAGCAGAGGGCUAUCCGGAAACCUGUCAUAGCUUCAACCAUGCGUAGGGCAGUUCUACCAGACUGGCUGCACUCUGAAGGGACAUCAGUGUGUUUGGUCAGGCUGAGGCCAGAGACGUUUGACUGCAGCUGUCAUGGACUGGGACACGGGGACAGGUUUCAGUUAUACAGCUCAAACUCCACAUUCUCACUAUGCUUAAAUAAAACUCAUACCAAAGGAGAUCUACACAAGGAGCUUUCAUGUUGUCCUCCCAUGAUUUAUCAACCUCAAAUCUGCUUCGAAAUGCAAACAAAAGAGGAAUCUUCAAUCUUUAUACCUGAUAAAGGCGGUCCAAGCUGGCUGUACCAAAGCUCUCUGGAUUUUGUAACAACUCAGUUCCACUUUAAAAUCUACAAGACCGUCUACAAUGAUGUAGCUAUAUUAUGAACUUUAACCCACCGAAACAAGCUUGGUAACUAUUUUCUGCUGGAAUGUGACUUUGCCAGAUGUGCCCUGAAACGUGCCGGUCAAGAUUGUGGUUCUACGUAAGCAAAAUGUGUCCAGUUCCUACAGGUGUUCCAGGGCUCAUUUCACGUUAGAUAUAAACCUAAAUGAUUCAAACCUGCAUUUGUACUGUGAAUCCAACUAGACGGCCUGUUUUAGUUUUGUGACAACUGUUGUUGUUUUUUAACUUAAGAAGAGUUUGUCUCUGGGAACAAAAAGUUAAAAUGUGUCUAAAACUAGUUCCCCAUGUGACAAUGAUGACCGCAUUUCCACUGAAACGAUGAGUAUCGUUGGCCACAAAAAGCUGUGUUUAUGUUGUGUAAAAUACAAAACUCUGUAAGUGUCUGAGAGAAUUGUUGACGACAGAUGUAAAAAAAUAAAUAAAUUACAUGCUGCAUUGGAGCCUAA